AUGCCAUUAGGCAGCACUAGAAUAACUGUCAAAUUAGUGGCCGCGGAGUCACUUUAUAAGCGAGAUGUCUUCCGUUCUCCUGACCCAUUUGCUGUUCUUACCGUCGACGGCGGCCAAACAACAUCAACAAAGAUUUGUAAGCGUACGUUGAACCCAUAUUGGAACCAGACAUUGGAAUUUUUUGUCAAUGAAGAUUCGCUCUUACUGAUCCAAGUCUUUGAUCAAAAGAAGUUCAAAAAGAAGGACCAAGGUUUCUUGGGAGUGGUGAAUAUCCGGAUUUCCGACGUCAUGGAUUUGAGUAUUGAAAACUUCCAGGACACCAUCACUAGAAACUUGCAAAAAUCCAACGAUAUGUUGUCAGUUAGUGGCCGCUUGAUCUUGGUGGUUGCCAAUUCCCCCCUUGCUACCAACCAAACAGCCGGUAAUACCACCACCACGAAUCCUCCAUCAUUAGCUACCCCUACCACCGCCGCCCAACUGAGUAUCCCUACCGGUAAUAGACCCGAUGGUGUCAAUACUGAUGCGAAUGGUGCUGCCCCGAAUCCAAAUGGUACUGCCGCCGAUACUAACAGACAGUACUCGUCAUUUGAAGACCAAUAUGGCCGUUUGCCUGCCGGUUGGGAACGUAAAGCUGAUAGUUUUGGCCGUACCUACUACGUCGACCAUAAUACCAGAACCACAACCUGGCGCAGACCUUCUCUAAAUCAAAGUGAAACCGAACGUGCCCAAGAACGCGCUACCCAACUUGAAGCAGAACGUCGUCAACAUGAAAGUAGAACCUUGCCAGGGGAUGAAGAAUCUAACUCUUCUAAUGUCCAAGUUAAUACUGUUGGCCUGACUCCGGCAUCUAACGGGAGCGCCGCCUUGUCAAUGUCUUUGGACAGCACGACAACCCCAGGGCUUGGGGAUUUACCUCCAGGUUGGGAACGUCGUCAUACUCCAGAAGGUAGACCUUAUUUUGUCGACCACAACACCAGAACUACGACGUGGGUCGACCCAAGAAGACAACAAUAUAUCAGAACAUAUGGACCAACCGCGACAAUUCAACAACAACCAGUAUCACAAUUGGGUCCAUUACCAAGUGGUUGGGAAAUGAGAUUGACCAAUACCGCCCGUGUUUAUUUCGUUGAUCAUAACACUAAGACUACUACAUGGGAUGACCCAAGAUUACCAUCAUCCCUAGAUCAGAACGUUCCACAAUAUAAGCGGGAUUUCAGAAGAAAAGUCAUUUAUUUCAGAUCCCAACCAGGGUUGCGUGUUCAACCAGGCCAGUGCCAUAUCAAGGUUAGAAGAGAUCAUAUCUUUGAUGACGCUUAUCAAGAAAUCAUGCGUCAAACUCCAGAAGAGCUUAAAAAGCGUCUUAUGAUCCGCUUCGAUGGCGAAGAAGGUUUGGAUUAUGGUGGGGUUUCCCGUGAAUUCUUCUUUGAAUUAUCUCAUCAAAUGUUCAACCCGCAAUACUGUUUGUUCGAAUACGCGGCUCAUGAUAAUUAUACUUUACAAAUCAAUCCAAACUCCGGUAUUAAUAACGAGCACUUGCUGUACUUCAAGUUUAUUGGGAGAGUUGUUGGUCUUGGUGUUUUCCACAGAAGAUUCUUGGAUACCUUCUUUGUCGGGGCCUUCUAUAAGGUCAUGCUUAACAAGAAAAUUGUUCUCCAAGAUUUGGAAAGUAUUGAUCCAGAAUAUUACAAUUCUCUUGUUUGGAUGUUAGAUAAUGAUAUAGAGGAUAUGAUUUUCGAAACAUUUUCGUUGGAAGUUGAAAAAUUCGGGGUUACGGAAACUGUCGAUCUCAAACCAAACGGUCGUAACAUUGAUGUCACUAAUGACAACAAGAAAGAAUUUGCCGAACUCGUUACAGAGUAUAAGAUCUAUAAACGUGUUGAAGAACAAUUCAAGGCAUUUAUGUCUGGGUUUAAUGAACUUAUUCCAAACGAUCUUGUCAAUGUGUUUGAUGAACGUGAGCUUGAAUUGUUGAUUGGUGGUCUUGCGGAGAUUGACGUUGAGGAUUGGAAGAAACAUACUGAUUAUAGAGGAUAUCAAGAAAGUGAUCAAGUCAUUCAAUGGUUCUGGGAAAUUGUUAGUGAUUGGAGUAAUGAAACUCGUGCUAGACUUUUGCAAUUCACUACAGGUACCUCUCGUAUUCCAGUUAACGGGUUUAAAGAUUUACAAGGUUCAGAUGGGCCAAGAAGGUUCACUAUUGAAAAGGCUGGGGAGCCAAAACAAUUGCCUAAAUCUCAUACUUGUUUCAAUAGAGUGGAUUUGCCUCCGUAUGCCGAUAAGGAGAGCUUGGCACAAAAGCUCACCUUGGCGGUUGAAGAAACUAUGGGUUUUGGUCAAGAAUGA